AAUAGUUAAACGUUUACAUUUUAUAUUCGUUCAGUCCCCAUAAACAAAAUUCAAAAUUUAGUCCAAAUGCUAUGAAAAGUCUUGUGCGGCACUCAGUGGGCAAACUGUUAACACGUCAACUGAGUCCGGUCUAUCUAAUUGGCGCAUUUGCAGGCGCAGCUUCUACAGACAUCAGCUACAGUUGGAGACUGCGCUGCUCCAAGAACCUGAAGAAGCCAACCGAGAACCAGAAGACUAACAAAAUGCUCACUGAGGGAAUGCUGCUUGGCUUCGGCAAUCCGUUGCUGGACAUAACCAGCGCCAUCGAGGACAACAUGCUGCUGGAGAAAUACGAUCUGCAGCCGAAUGCGGCAAUCAUUGCAGAGGAGAAGCAUAUGGCGCUGUUCGAGGAGCUGGCCAACAUGGAGAAUGUGAUCUACUCGGCGGGGGGCGCUUGUCAGAACUCCAUGCGCAUCUUUCAAUGGAUUGUGGGUCAGCCGUAUUGUGCGCACUUCUUCGGCGCCAUAGGCAAGGACAAGUUCGGCGAGAUCAUAGCCAAGCGCGCAGCAGCGGAUGGCGUGGAGACGCACUACCAGGUCAAGGAGGAGUCGAACACGGGCACCUGUGCGGUGGUCAUUUCCGGCAACAAUCGCUCGCUGGUGGCCAAUUUGGGCGCGGCGGCGCUGUUCACCGACGAUUGGCUGGACACGGACGAGAACAUGUGCCUGCUGGAGAAUGCCAAGUUCUUCUAUGCCACCGGCUUCUUUCUGGCCGUCAAUUCGGAGAGCGUGUUGCGUGUGGCGCAGCUUUCGAGUCAGACCAAUCGCAUCUUUGUGCUGAACUUCAGCGCAGUGUUUGUGCUGCAGACGCACAAGAAGCAGCUGGACGAGAUCAUACCCUACUCAGAUCUAAUAAUUUGCAACAAGGAGGAAGCGCUUGCCUAUGCAGCCGAACACGAAUGGGACACAAAGAAUAUUUUCGAAGUCGGCCGCAGGCUGCAGAGCAUGCCAAAGGAAAAUGGACGGACGCGCACUGUGAUGAUCACGGAUGCAACGUGCCCGGUGCUGUGCUUCCAAGAGAAUGAUCGUGUGCUGGAAUAUCCUGUGCCGAAGAUGGACAAGAAGAGCGUUGUGGACACCAACGGCUGCGGCGAUGCCUUCGUUGGCGGCUUCCUCUCCCAGCUGGUGCAGCACAUGCCGCUCGACUAUUGCAUACGCACUGGAAUCUUUGCCUCGCAGCGAGUGCUGCGCAUUGUGGGCGUGCAAGUCAAUUUGCUGCCCAAGUUCAACGACUCAUGCAUUUGAAUAAACAUUUUAUUUCCUCAACAAA